CGGUUUUUUGUGUGUGCGAUAAAAAUUAAUGUUUGCGUGAAAACGGAAAAUCAUAUUGAUUGUAGCGAUUUUCCGGAGUUAAUUGGUAUUUUUAAGACAUUAUGAAGCGAAAGAACAAGUUGAAUAGGUUACAUAACGUGCCGCAACCCGGAAAUUUUGAGCGUGUCGAUGUGCCCUGUAGCGUCGUUGUGUGUAGAGUUUUUUAGCGGCAAGAUGUGUAUGCCCACGAGUAAUGUGACGGGCUUCGGGUAUUCGUGGUUUACGAGCUCGGGUGAUUUGGCGAAGGGCGAGGUUGACACCCCGAGCGGCCUAAGCUACACCCUCGGGAACACGGUAUCUCCAGAAACCACUCUAACUGUGAUGUCCCACAAGACACCGCAGGUGCAAGAAAAAGUUGGCACUGUAGUAGCUGUGUCAAAUGCAACAGGCACAGCAGUAACAAGAGUUGUUACUGCGGGCACCCCUGGAACUCCAAGAAGAGCCAUGUUUGUGCUAAAUGAAGCCCCUAUUAAUAGAGUUGUCCAUCAGAAUCAAACUGCUACUAUUAAUACAACAAACCUUGCAUCGAAACCAUUCAUGACACCACUUGGUCCGAUUCAAUUAACUGCAGAAGAAUGCAAUGAGAUUCUCAUGAAGCGGGCAUUACAAGCACAAGGUAUCACAACACCAGUCAUAGACGCUUCACAACUAAAUCACACUUUGUUGAAUGGCAGUCUGAAGAGUUUGGCGGAGGCAACUACACAGCAAACAGUAGAAACAAUACAGACUACGAGCCAUCAACCGCAACAGCAACACCAUCAACUGCUGCAUGCGAAGCAGGAGCCUGGAACUGCAAAUAGUUCACCUAAAACGGUGUAUUCGCAGACCGAGCUUCUGACAACGAACGCUGUGAUGACAACGUCCGCGCCCGUGCCCGUCAAGGAGCGACCCUAUUCAUGCGACGAGUGCGGCAAAUCGUUCCUACUCAAACACCAUCUUACUACUCACGCGAGGGUUCAUACUGGUGAACGACCUCACGUGUGCGCUCAUUGCGGCAAAGCGUUCGCCCGAAAGCACUGCCUAAACACGCAUUUGCUGUUACACUCAGCGGAAAGGCCGUACCGCUGCCACGAGUGUAAGAUGGCCUUUACGCUUAAGCACCACCUUGUCACACAUUCAAGGGUGCACAGUCGCGAGCGGCCGUUCGUGUGCGGCGAGUGUGGCCGCGGGUUCCCUUUGAAGCGGCAUCUGGUCACGCACAGCAAGUACCACGCCGGCGAAAGACCGUACGUCUGUUCCGAUUGCGGCGAGAGCUUUGCGCAGAAGGAGCAUUUAGUCAUGCACAGUCGCUUCCACGGUUCGUUGUCACCGUUCGUGUGCCCGGACUGCGGCGUGGCGUUCGCGCGCAAGUUCCAGCUCGUCAACCACGGCCGUGUGCACGGUCGUGUACCGCACGCGUGUCCCGUCUGCGGGAAAGAGUUCCUGCAGAAGCGCACGCUCGUUACGCAUAUGAAACUCCACACAGGCGAAGGAGUAGUGGCGUGCCUAGAAUGCGGAGAGGCGUUUAAAUGCAAGGUAGAAUUACAACAGCACUGUAAAAUGACACGGCACUGCCUGUCGUCGAAUCAAUCUACGCAACAACAACAAACGCAACAACAAGUACAACAGCAGGUACAGCAACAACAAGCUCAGCAACAAGCGCAGCAGGCCGCGCAACAAGCACAACAACAAGCGCAACAACAAGUGCAGCAAACGGUCAUUAAAACGGACGAUUUUAAACCGCAGAUUGUUCAGUUCACCGAACAGCAGGCGCAACAAAUCCAACAGAGUGUUAUUAAGACGGACGAAUUCAAGCCGCAGAUAGUACAGGUGAUAGGCGCGGACGGUCAGAUAGUGGCUGAGAAGGCUUCGGCGGGUUAUUCAUGCCCCGAAUGCGGCUCUUGCUUCAAUACGAAGGAAGCGAUGUCGCUGCACGUGCGCCUGCACGCGGGCGACCGCACGUGCGUGACGGACCUGUGCGCGCUCACGGCCGCGCUGCAGCCCGGCAUCGUGGCUGCGCACGCGCAUGCGCACACGCAGCAGCACAACCAACCGAUACAGAUAAUCUCAUCGAACCCCAGUAAUGUCGUUCAUACGCAAGUGAUAGCAACAAACCAUCACAUAGCUCCACCACGGCCGAAGAUUCACUUCUGUGUUGAUUGUGGCAAAGGCUUUGCAGCUAAACACGGUUUACUAGCACAUCAUAGGAGACACCCAGACGGUAGCUGUACACUUCGAACGCACGUGUGUGACCAGUGCGGCAAAGCGUUCUUCCAGAAGAACCAUCUCAUGCUGCAUCAGCGACAACACAUGGACUUACCGCCUAGAAAUUCACAAGCCCAACAACAAGCAAACCAGCAAGCGCAACAACAAGCACAGCAAGCUCAACAACAGGCACAACAAGCAGCACAAGUUCAACAGCAGGUUCAGCAACAAGUCCAACAACAAGUCCAACAGCAAGUGCAACAACAAGUGCAACAGCAGGUGCAGCAAGUGCAACAUCAGCAGGUUCAGCACCAGAAUAGUUUAGAGAUGGAGCAGGAUCAUCAACAACCAACGCAUAUCCAAGUGGUGACGAACCGAUCAGGCCAGGUGAUUGGUAACCAGAUCGUUGUCCGGCGCGCGUUGCUGCCGUCACAGCUGCACAUCGUGGGCCGCGACGGCAAGCCUGUCGCUGCGCAGUUGCACCACAAACACCAGCGCCAUCAUGCCAAUGGUGUGGAGGUGAGCAAAGAAAUGGGCGGUCUAGUCCUAUCAACGGGUCGCGGCGCGUCCUUGAUCAAGUACGAAAUCGCGUUACCGACUCAGAACUCUGUAGUGCAAGUGCAACAACUGGACUGAGACACGCCUACCGCUGAGACGGAAGAACAUGAACCAGUGCUUGUGUGGGUCAACAAGUGAACAUGUGAACGUUUAAAACGGCUCUAGGACGUAACAGGUGAUAUGUUAAACCAGGCUCUCUGAGGACGAAGUAUAGAAAGCUAAAAUGAAUGGCCGUUACCUGUAUCUGACUAGAAGCGACCCCAUCACCACUCACCAACAUAGUCUUCGAGAACGAGCAUGUUUAUAGAACUCGUGGCUUCGUGAUGUGUGUAAAUGGACUUGUUCAUAUGAAAAUUUAUGCCAUGAUCAUCAUCAUUGUGAAAGUGGUUUUAUUAGUGAAUGGCGGCCUAAUCCAAGAUUGUACUGAGCUUAACGUAUAGUGAUGACACGGAGAUGCAAUUCACUGCAGUGAAUCUGUGUGAAAGUCUAUGGUUUAUGUUAAAAAAGUGGAGUGAACAAAAGCCAGUGAGAAAAGUCAAUUGACUGAACUUUUAAAUGCCGCUGUGUUCGAACAUCGGCUUAGGAAUCGUUUGCAAUAAUUAUUAGGCUGAUUUUAAAUAUGUAAUAGAGUGUAGCUGUCUCUUGUAAAUUUCUCGUUAGACAGGUCUACCCAUGUUUACGAUCGCGUCAAGUGUCAAAAUUGGCCAAACAUCUAGUUUUGAUAUACACCAAUAGAACGAGAAGCUUUAUUUGAAUAGACUCCUGCCUUCUGUAGAUUUUUUUAUAUCAUAACAUUAUGAGACGAUACUUCUUACAUUAAAAUUCUAAACCGCAGAAAACUUUGUAUUAUAGUAAAUAGAAUUUAAGUGGAAAUGUUCUAAAAUUUAGAACAUUUUUUGGUUAGUGUGGAUGGUCGACUUGUAAAAAGACAUGCCACGGUAUUUGCGUCUGUAAUUACUUAGCAAUAAGUAUACCGUAGUUACUAGUUUCCUUUGUACAUAUCAAGAUGUUUUUUAACGGCAUUGAUGGUUUUUUGUAAUUAUAUUAUUAUAAAAUUGUACAACUUCUCUUGGGUACGCAUUUAAGUUUGAUAUUUAGUCGCGUUUUCGAAUAAGUUUCUGUUAAGUACAUAAAUUCCUAUUAUGGACAGUAAUGUGCAAUCAAAAUUCAAGGUUAGUUGUAGAUCUGAUUAAUUUUUUUAUCAGAAAAUUUUAUCUGUCACUUAUCUCACUUGGUAUAUCAAAGAUGAAUUAACUGCGGAUUCAUGUUAUAAAUAUGACAGUUCACCUUUUGAUAGAAUAUUUAUUGACCAUUGUUAGGAAGUUGUUAUGGUUAAUAAACUCGUAAGAAAUUGGAAAUGCAAUAGAUUGGCUAGGCAUGUGCCUGGAAAUUUACAAUGCUAUUUUUAUAACAGCAGAAAGGAGCGAGUACCUCGUUAGUUUCCUAUGUUUUAAUUGAUUGCAUUACGCAUUUUUAAUACUAGGCUGGAGAAAUAGAGUUCUCAUUCAUUCUUGUAACGAUAUUACAUCACCUUGUUCGUCUCUUUUUAUUCUAUGGACAAUGAUUGGGUUGACGGCGUCUUCGUGCAACUAAUUCGCGAUUCUUGGUGCAACUAACUGGUAACGUCCUUAAAAAAUUACCAAGAAUAAAUACACAUAUAUAAAGAGAUUGAUGCGAGCGGAUGAGGUGAGAGGUUAGGAGCUUAGUAAGUGGAGGUUUAUGAUCUCUGCCUACCCCAGUGAGAGACAAGCGUAAUGGUAUGUAUGUCAAUUUAUCAGCAGGUUUUCUUCGUUAUUCUACUGUUUUGUGAAUCGAGUGAAAUGAAGUUGAAAAUUAAAUAAUGCAAUUAUUUUUACUAACUUUUUACUUAGCAAUUUCUUAAUGCAUUAGUAAAAUGAACUUUAAAUGUAUUGGGCAUGAUAUUUUGUAGUCUAUCGUUAAUGAUAGCGCGUUUUCAUUUUGCCUUCAACUAGCAAGUUUGACGUUACACAUAUAAAACUUUGAAUACAUGUUAAUGAAAUAAAUUUUAUUUUCUGUAUAACAAAUUUUACUCGCAAGUAUUAAAAGUAACAUG